ACACUGACCUCUGGACUGGAUGAUUUCCCCCGUUCAUCGCAUCCUUCUGACACUGAGCGUCACCUAGAUCUCCGUUGUUGGAUGUUGUUGGGUGCGUCGGCGAUGUCUAACGUAGCAGAGCUUGUGGGCAAGGAUGGGAGUCAGUACGAGGAAGCUACGGCAGCUCUCAAUGAUACCAAGAUACUUAACGCGUAA